UGGUUACUUAGAAAGCGCGCACAUUUUCCAAAAUGGCCGACGCACCCAACGAAUUUCAACUGGAACAACCACCUUCUGAUGGAAUUUCGUCCGUCAAAUUCAGCCCUAAUCCAGCUUCGUUUUUAGUGGUGUCAUCAUGGGAUACAACAGUCAGACUUUAUGAUGUCCACAACAACAACAUGCGUCUUAAAUAUAAUCACCCAAACGCGGUGCUAGACUGUUGUUUCCAAGAUAGUGUGCAUACUUACAGUGGAGGACUUGACAAUACUCUGAAAGUUGUUGAUUUAAACACUUCAGCUGAACAAGUUGUAGGAAUGCAUGAUGAUGCAAUUAAAUGCGUGGAACACUGCUCAACUCCUGGUUUAAUUGCAACUGGUAGCUGGGACAAGUUUGUGAAACUUUGGGACCCAAGAACAAAUCAGUGCACUGGAUCAUAUGAACAACCAGAAAAGGUUUACACAAUGGCUUCAUCUGACGAGCGUCUUGUCGUUGGCACAGCUGGAAGGCGAGUUAUGGUAUGGGAUCUUAGGAACAUGACAUAUGUACAACAAAGAAGGGAAUCUAGUCUAAAGUAUCAAACAAGAUGUAUCCGCACUUUCCCAAACAAGCAAGGGUAUGUGUUGAGCUCCAUUGAGGGCAGAGUAGCUGUGGAAUACUUUGACCCAAGCCCAGACGUUCAGAAAAAGAAAUAUGCCUUUAAGUGCCACCGCAUCAAAGAAGAAGGAAUGGAAAAUAUAUAUCCUGUUAAUGCUAUAUCAUUCCAUAAUGUACACAACACAUUUGCUACAGGUGGUUCCGAUGGUUUUGUAAAUAUUUGGGAUGGCUUCAAUAAAAAGCGACUUUGCCAGUUUCAUCGUUAUCCAACCAGCAUUUCAUCAUUAAGCUUCAGUAAUGAUGGCAGCCUGCUGGCCAUAGCUGUUUCAUACAUGUAUGAAGAAGAUGAGAAGGAACAUCCAGAAGAUGCCAUUUACAUCCGACGAGUUUCCGAUGCAGAAACAAAACCAAAGUAAAUCCAGUAAGAAAAGGAUGUUAGGGGGGAAAUCAGCAGACUUUGAUAUCUACUGGCCAUUAUUCAUGGCAUGAUGGCAUCAACUCAUUUCAAUUUUGGUUGUAAACUCAGUCAUGCCUGAAGGACAUUACUGCUUUAAUGUACAAAGUAUCCUCAACAAGGUUAUUGUUAUCUUUAUUUCACAUUCCACCCGCAAUGAGACCUCAAGCCCUUUUAUACUCAAAGUCAACAAAUUUAUUCCCCAUAGCUUUGUUUGACCUGUUGAAAUACUUGAAGUAACUUUCCAAUUAUGACCAAAUUUUCCUGUGAUUAGAUCAAAUAUGUCAGGGAAAUUAUUUAGUGCAACAACCUUUUCAGUCUCAAAAUUAGAAAGCUACAUCUUGUUCUUGGUGACUCGACAUUCCUUUGUACCUUUGUGACAUCUUGAGAUAGCUGUCUUUAGCAUAUGCUUGUAUUAUUAUUAUUACAUAAUAAAUAGUAUUAUUGAUGUUUA